AAGUCUUUGAGGUCGACUACUUGAUGGGCCUGAGGGGACGUGAAACACGGUUGGAACGUUUUGGGUCAUGAGGACGACCAUGGAUCACGGGAUUUCUUUUCUUUUGACAAGAGGUCACUCUUGCGGGAUUCGCACGGCAUAAGGGUGGAUAGUUUAUGGUCGUUGGAGCGACUCUUUGUGGUAAUUACGGAGCAAUUGGGGAACAAUCUCGUAUAAAGAAAGGAAGAAUGAGGUGCUUGAUUUGUUGCCAGAGUGCAAACAUGAUCCUCCCUCGUCGUAAUUGAGGGUACCACCACUCUUCCAUCUAACCACCAACCAUUAACAGCCGUGCCAUUCAUUCGAUCUCGAACUAAACCAUGUGCUCAAGGAUCGAGUUGUGGCGCAAGAACGACAGGAAAUGCAACAAGCUGCCAAAAAAUCAUCAAACAGUGACACGUCCAGGCCAAAACCCGACCCUGUUAUCCGGAAAGAUGACGAGAGAACCGGCAACCCCGGUUUUGGGUUUGAGGUCUUCACCGAGACGACGAAGAAGGCUGCUGCAGCACCACCAUGACUGUGUUUCAAGUCGUGGCCUUUGGGGUGAACCAAUGACAUUCAACUGGAGCGUGGUGUUGGUGCUCAUAUCAUUUUUGACAGAAUGUACAACGCUUCAAUUGGAGGCUGUUUUAGUGCCCCAAUUUCGUUUCCGAGGUCAAAAUGCCACAUUGCUGUGUAAAUAUGAGCUCGAUCCCAAUGAGUAUUUGUUCUCCCUCAAAUGGUACAAAGAGGAAACGGAAUUCUAUCGGUACACACCACCCGAUCAAUCCACGCAACCUCUCAUCAACCACAGACCCGACGACCUUUACUACGUGAAAGACAGCGGAUCUGGGCAUGACCGGGCCAUGCCCAAAGGCAAUGUCCAGACUUGGCGAGUACCUGGCAUCAAAAUAGAUCUGACAGAAUCCACUCCGCAAAAAGUGGAACUGAAACGCGUGAGCUUCAAAUCCACGGGGAUGUACCGUUGUGAGGUCACUACCAUUGUUCAUAACUCCCGUGGGGGCUUUGGGGGCUAUCCGGUGCCUCGAGGCUUUCACAUGAAAGAGUCGGUCAAUCGGAUGACCGUUGUUGAGCUUCCUUCAGCAUUACCAAGGAUCACAGGAGGUGAAUUGGAUCCAAUUGAAAAGAGCAUCAUAGUGUAUCAACCGGGUGACAUGCUCAAUCUUACUUGCAUCUCUGCCCCAUCCAACCCACCCGCCGAACUUGAGUGGCGAAUCAAUGGAAGAUCCGUGCCCGAUCAAUACGUUUUGGAUCGACACUUGAUUGAUCGUAAUCGCGGGCUGUUCUCCUCGGUGAUCAGCCUUUUGAUGCCUCUUAGUGAGACUCAUUUCACUCCUAACGGUGAAUUGAGAGUCAAAUGCCGCGGAACGAUAGCAGCAGAGUUCUGGGAGAAUGAUGUCGAAAAUGUCUUUACGGAUCGAACCAAAAAGGACAGGAUGGUUCGGGUGCUUGAAGUGCAAGAGAGCCAAUGGCCAGCUUCAGGCAAGGGGAUCAACCCGUGUUUGGCCUUGAUGUUGUUUGGAAUGUCAGUGGUGUACCUAAUGGAAAGCAUUCGAACGGUCGGUUGAUCGUGAAUGAAUCGAUGUUGAAAGAAAAGCGAAUCAUGAUAGUAUUUUAUAAAUAUGAGUCCGCUUUUUCUCGUUGUUAUGACCUAAAACAUCAAUUAUAUCAACCAUACGAGAGUGAUUGAAAUAAAUUACAAUAAUAUUGGAACCAACAA